CCUUGUUUCGCUCUCCAUGGUUUCUCUCGCAACGCCCAUGGCCUCGCUAUGCCUUUGAAGCCCGAGGCCGCACUGGCCCUUGACACUCGAAUUGCAGCGUCAGACCUUUCAAGGCCUGCCUGCAGGCUUCCUCCUCCCUUCCCGCCUGCUUCUCCAGCAUGUUUUGCUUCGCCUGGAACGCCCAGCACCAGUGUGAACGCGUGGCUCAAGGUGGACACACCCCAUUCCUCUCAGACGCCCGAUCGAGGUUGCAGGACAUCACGUUCCACAAUCUCAAGCAGGAUGAGUCGAAAGAGAGUGGAGGAUCCUGGUGCAAACAAAUCCAGGUCUGAACUGGCUCACACAGAAGCCCGUACUGAGAUGACCUCCGCAAUGCAGAACCUCUUCCAGACUUUUGAUUUGGACCAGAGUGGCUCCAUCAGCCUUGAUGAGUUUGUCAAGGCACAGGAGUACGCCACUGAGCUCUAUGGGGUGCCAGGUGGAGAAAAGCAAGCGCUGGUCGAACAAUACUUGGAGGCACGAGCACCUGGACAAAUGCAGCUUUAUGGUGGUGGCCUGAGUUUCGAGGCCUUCGUUCGCUGGCAGCUGCAGUGGCAAGCUCCGUUCUGGGCCACUGGUGAGGAAGCUGAGAUCACCGAACGCUGCCGGAAGUUGGGGGAGCACAUCAGAUCCAGGAGGAGCACUUUGAGAGACUCUCAGCGAACGCCUAGACACCGCCCACGGCGCCAGAACUGGCCGCCGCAGGCACCCAACGGCACAAGAUCAUGUGCGCAUCGUGGACCACGAUCUGCAAGACGAUAUGUUUGUGGUGGGGGUAUGUCUACAGCUGCCAAGGGAUUUGUCCAACCACCCCCUGAGGUGGCACGUGACAUCAAAGCCUACGAAGACGUCCAAAACCUUCGGGAGGAGUCUUCAGAUGACGAAGAGUAUCGGCAGAGAAAGCUAGCACAAGCUGCUUUAGUGCAGGAGGAAGCGGAUGAGCUCCGAUUCAUCGCAGAGGCCGAUGUGAAGUCAAACAUCCUUGCUGCCAAACUGCAAGUGGCCCGGCUUGAGACCCUCGAGGCGCUUGUGCCCAGCCAGCGAGAGGCAUGUCGUGUCAAGCAGAAGCACACCCUGGAAGAGAUGCAAAAGUUUGUGAUUUCCCUGGCUGAAAGACAUGUUGGAGAAAUGGUGGUGCGCGGGCGCAUUGUUCGUGGGCUCCACUCCUCACUGCAAUCCACCCUGGAGCUGCAGGAUGUCGUGUCCAAGGUCAAUGUGACCACCACGAAGUCUGAUUCAGAAGGUGUCUUCAAGCUCUCUACAGCCGUCAGCCCGCAGAAAGGCGGAAGCGACCUACUCUUGGUUAAUCGGCAUUCUGGCGCUGCCACAUUCUACCGAAAAGUUGCAGGGGAAGGCCUCCGGCGAUGUCGCCUGGAUUUGCUGCCGAUGCAUUCCUGGUACUUCGAGGCAGAGUCCGGAUCUACACUCUUCGAGGACAAGCAGAGUGGAGUGAGGUUUCGCAUUCCGCAGCUCCAGAAAGCUGGGCAGCCCUUCGCAGGGAAGGCCAAGCUCUCGUAUGCUGUGGUCCUGCCUGAUUUCGGGUCCAUGGGCCGUCCCGUGAUCAAGCUCAAGAGGCGCGACAACGCGAGGGACAUUGCUCUAGCGGAAGCUUCUCGAGUGUCUGCCAUGGCCUGUGCUGCGGUCCCUGAGCGCCACGGGCGCAGCUUGGCGGGCUCGCAGGUGCCGCUGAUCCUUACCUCUGCAGUUUUUGCACGCCUGUGCGAUGCGGAUGGAGAAGAGUUGGACAUGCACGACCGGCUUGAGGUUUUUUUGCCGUGUCACAGCUUGGCCUUGAAAGAGCUCACAACGGCUCCGUCACUCUGGAGCUUUCAAGAAGACUUGGCUGAGUGGUGCCAGACACCGCACUUGAUUUGCGCGAAUGAGAGGGAGCUCCCAUUGCCACGACAGCCAGAGGCAGAGACCGAAAGUAGCCGAGCAAAGAGCUUUGCUCAAACCUCUCGUCCAGAUGCUGGUGAAGGUUACAGGGCACAGCAAGAGGCUGUUGCUGCCGCAGAGCUCCAACGCGGUCACGAGGCUUGGAUACGGCACUUGCGGCAAGAACCACAAGCCCAUUUGGAAAACACUUGCUAUUGUGGCUACCGCGCAAAGGAGGCAAUUAUGAUUUAUUUCCGUAAGAAUCGCAAAGAUCUACGGCUGGCUGAGCCACCGAAGCGCCUGUUUGCUGGAGUUGAGCCAGAUGAAACCGGUUACCGCCAGUGCUUUCCUUAUCGAACGACGGAUGAUAUCGCAGCCAGCGCAGAGCGAGCAGCCGCACACCCAGAGGUUGUGAUGUCUCACCAUCUCACUGCAGCAGCUCGCUUGUUGGAUCCAUCGCCGGAGAUUGCCAAGGAUCUUGGGCUGAGCCCAGGAAGCUUGUUUACUUUCCAACACUAUGACCAGAUCUCCAGUCGCGUUUUGCCACACUUGCGUCACUUGGCCGCCUUUUUAGUGGACGGUGCACGCGCCAUCCACUCGGUGACGGGGGACGAGCUCAUGCAAGUAGCAACAGUAGCGAUCAAGAUGGCGGCCUUGGAGUUCCUGGUGAACUGCUGGAUUUUUCCACGAAAGACCAACUCGGCACCAACCACUGUGCAUGAGCUUUGGGAGGCCUUGAAAGUGCGCGGUGGCGAUGUAGCAACUGCGUUUCUUUCUGUUGCCUUGCAACAGGCCAAUCGAGACGCUUUGGCCAGCAUUCGUAAACAGCUGCGGCACAGAAAUCGGAGGCUUUGGGCUUCUUACCACGAGCUUUUGCCUGCGCUCUGUGGGAAGAGCCUGGAGCAAAUGGAUACUCAGCUGAGUGGGCGAGCCAAGGUGCAGGAGCUUCAGGAAAUGGUUCUUCAUAGAGGCUCCCGCUGCCGCAGCGCCCAAGUCCGUGCGGCGCUGCACGAGUUGCCGCAGCGGCUUUGUGCGGCAGAGCAGAAGGCCCUGGAGAAGCGCGUGGCUCUGAAAGAAGCCCAGACAGCGGCAGUCCAGGUCUCGAAAGACUGGACGAACGCCGUCCGGCGGCUGAAGAAAGCAAAACUGGAGAACGAUCUCACUAAGCAACUGAGCGAGCAGAAAGUGACGAGAGAGCUUGCCACUUUGGUAAGCGCCAAGAAGGAGGAGGUCGCCAGGCUUGCGCACGAAGUGCAGCAAGCAGAGGAGGAGGCCGAGUCGGAGCAGACAAUGCAAGGGCCAGCAGAUCGUCUUGCACAGGAUGCAUCUGGGGCGAUCACACAAUCCGAUGAUGCCGAGCAAGCAUGGCAAGAAGUGAUGUCCAACGUACCAGCAGCACUAUGGGAGUAUGGAUAUCCAAAGGCCUUGACCUUCUCCUUUGAGAUUCCCACGCUCGGCCAAUGGCAUGCAGUCGGAAUGGCUGAGGCAGCUCCGCACAGCGACAUGGAAGCAGCCAAGUCCAAGGGCUGGUCAGCGCGGCCAGACGACAACAGCAGGACAAGAGAAGGACAAGAGGAGGAAGAGAUGAGUGUGGACUUCAACUUCUUCAGCCAGCUCCCGACCCCUGUGCAACCGGCCUUGCGGACGUCCGCCAUGGUUCUGGGCAUUUUUGAUGGUCAUGAGGCAGGCGUGGUGGCCGUGGAGGUAUGUGCUUCCAGCAUGGGCAAUUCGGGGACCGCGUUCUCUCAGGUAGAGGCCGAUGGAACUUUCUGCAUUUUUGUAGCAGCAAAGGCUACCUUUGAGCUGUGGUUCACAGUAGCAGACACCGUCUCUUCGCCACUUCGAUUUGGCCCUUUUUUGGCGCGUAGCUGCGACGAGGUCACACACUUGGGUACCUUGCGCGCAAGCUACUCCACAAAGCCGGGUGAGUGGCGAAAACCUGUUGCGCCCGCUGGGGCAUUCAUCAUGCUUCCUCGCGUGGAGAUCGGGGGCACGACCCAUGAAAGAUGUAGCUGCAACGCGCAAGCCUUCCUUGAGGGUACUGAAACCAGCACGGACGAGCUCAGCAAGGAAUUGUCAAAAGGAGAGCUGUCAAAGGAGCUCUCACGGCAAGAGGUAAGCACAGAGACCUGAGUGUCUUGGAGGUUAAGGACAGCCUCUGACGUGGUUUGGGCCCGUGUGUCCAUUUCAGAUUGAAUGUUUUGUUGCUCUUGCUACUUGUACAGAAAGUCUUCGAAUUAAAUAACCGAUGUGUCCAAGCCAACCUGUGUUUGUUCCUGUGAGGAAAGCAAGAAAGCGAUGAUCUGUCGACUGCAGAUUCCAUAAUCAUAUGAUCCCAUUAUUGUUUGCAAAAAGAGAACACAACAUGCAAUCACACGAAACUAUGGUUGUGCUUUUGUGAGCUAGUUUUUUCUGCCCAAGAAGGGUAGAUUCUAGGUCGAUCCGUGUUGAGUGAUGCCAAGUAGGGAAG